AUGCUCCAGGUAAAGCGUUCAAUGGGAUUAAGUCCCACACUGGGUAUUCAGGCUGUGAUAAAUGCAUCCAAGGAGGUGUCUUUGUUAAACAUAGAAUGACCUUUCCUGAGGUCAAUAGGCCACGUAGGACUAAUACUUCUUUCAUCAGCAUGUCAGAUGAGGAACAUCAUGUUGCAACUUCACCUUUAAAGGACACUUCUGUUGGCAUGGUUUCAGGCUUUCCCCAUGAUUACAUGCACCUAGUCUGUAUUGGGGUCAUGCGAAGACAGUUCGAUUUGUGGCUGGCUACAGGGCCCCUCCAUUGUCAAAUCUCUACAUGUCAAAGUGUACUCAUUGGCUUGAAAGAUUACAUUCCCAUAGACUUUGCAAGGAAACCUAGGGUAUUGUCAGAGAGGCUGAGAUGGAAGAGAGUUACAGCAGCAACAGAGUUACGCAGUUUUUGUUGUACACUGGUCCAGUGGUCCUCUGUGAUUUGUUGUCAGGCCCAGUGCACAACAAUUCCAUGCUGUUGUUUGUUUCCAUUUUCAUUCUCUCGAGUCCGACAUUGUGUCUUACCCUGAAUGACUUUGCCCACAGCCUACUUGUAUCAUUUGUGGAGCACGGUCUCCAGUAUGUGGUUUACAACAUUCAUGGGCUUACCCAUCUUUGUGAGGAUGUCAAGUUAAAUGGAAACCUGGACUUAAUAUCUGGGUUUCCAUUUGAGAACUACUUGGGGUAGAUUAAGAUAAGAACCCUAUACCCUCCUUUGUUGCAGGUAAUAUGCAGAUAUAUGCACAGAUUGAACACCACUGACUAAGUAUAAUAAUGUGUAGAAUAUAUAUAAUCCUAUUAAGAAUACUCUUCUAUCUGUUAAUGAGUAGUUAUGCCUACAAACAAAUAUCCCUGAUAACGCAUUUCAGAUAGUAAUGAGUGUAUAACGAGAUUGCUCUCUGUAUUGAAAUUUGCCUCAGGCAAAAAGGUUGGCAUGAUUGUAUUCCAAUGGUCCUCCACUGAUCCAUCAAGUAUUGUUAUAGUGAAAGCUAUCCUUUAUAUUUGUGUGACUUUGAGAAAUCUAAAGUACAUUUUAGUCAUUUAGCAGACACUCUUAUCCAGAGUGACUUACAGUUAGUGAGUGCAUUCUUUUUUUAUAUUUUUCAUACUGGCCCCCCGUGGGAAUCGAACCCACAACCCUGGCAUUGCAAACGCCAUGCUCUACCAACUGAGCUACAUAAUACUAAUGUCAACACUUGCUACAGUGGUCCCUAACAGUAAGCCAGGCCUGGAGUGCCACCCCAGUAUCCGUGCCCCCCUCUCUGGCCAGGCAGAGCCCAGCCGUUGUGUCUGAAGGAAUGGGUGGGUCUGCCUUGGGGUCUGAAGCCAAAGUGAGGAGGAUGUGGAGGGCCGUUAUAUCCUUUACCGGGCCCCAUCUUCUUCUGCUUGGGCACUGGAGGAUGCCACAAAGGGGAAGCUGGGUAGAUCACCUGGUAUGUGUGGCGAUUUUAGGGGAAGGUAGGGGGAGGGCAGGUUUCCCUGAGGCCACUAUCCUCAUCUGAGUCGCCCCCAGAGAAAUUCCUUCCCUCUGCCCACAGAGAGUAAGUACUCCGACAGGAAAUGAAAUAUGACAAAUCUUGUGCUAAUGAUAAUGUGUUUGUACUAGUUUGUGUACUCACAUCUGUGUGGUAAGUUGUGCUGUUGUUUUUGUUCACAGAAUUUCAGAGAAAGGUUAUCUUCCUCUUGACUGAAAUAAGGGAAAGGAUGAAGAACUGUGAGCGACGUGUCGCAAGUGCUGGAAAACCCCUCAUCCAGACCUGUGAGACCCUAGAGGACUUCAAAGCUGAAUUGUAGUUGUAAAGAUGAUUUUUCAAUGGGUAUUCAUUUACGUGCAUUAAGAAAGAGUUCUAAAUGGUAACAUCCCUUCACUGAUUACUUUCUCUCUAUCCAGACUCCCUCCCACUGCCACUGUCUACUGAUUUUUAAAAAUAAAAACAGAAACAACAUAAAAACAACACGACCACCACACCCGAUACACACCACAACAUGCCCACAACUGUCCUUGAACGUAUUAAAUAUACAGUGCCUUCAGAAAGUAUUCAUUCACCCCUUGACUUUUUCCACAUUUUGUGUGUUACAGCCUUCAUUUAAAUUGUUUACGUUUAGAUUUUUUUGUCACUGGCACCCACUCAAUACCACAUAAUGUCUAAAUGGAAUUAUGUUUUUCUAAAUGUUUUGAAAUUAAUUAAAAAUUAAAAGCUGAAAUGUCUUGAGUCAAUAAGUGUGCAACCCCUUAGUUAUGGCAAGCCUAAAUAAGUUCAGGAGUAAAAAUGUGCUUAACAAGUCCCAUAAUAAGUUGCAUGGACUCACUCUGUGUGCAAUAGUAGUGGUUAACAUGAUUUUUGAAUGACUACCUUAUCUCUGUACCGCACAUAUACAAUUAUCUGUAAGGAAUUUCAAACACAGAUUCAACCACAAAGACCAGGGAGGUUUUCCAAUUCCUCUCAAAGAAGGCCACCUAUUGGUAGAUGGGUAAAAACUUUAAAAGCAGACAUUGAAUAUCUCUUUGAGUAUGGUGAAGUUAUUAAUUACACUUUGGAUGGUGUAUCAAUACACCCAGUCACUACAAAAAUACAGGUGUCCUUCCUAACUCAGUUGCCGGAGAGGAAGGAAACAGUUACAGAGUUUAAUGGCUGUGAUAGGAGAAAACUGAGGAUGGAUCAACAACAUUGUAGUUUCUCCACAAUACUAACCUAAUUGACAGUGAAAAGAAGGAAGCCUGUUCGGAAUAAAAAUAUUCCAAAACAUGCAUCCUGUUUGCAAUAACGCACUAAAGUAAAACCGCAAAAGAUGAGGCAAAGAAAUUAACUUUAUACAAAGCAUUAUGUUUGGGGCAAAUCCAACACAACACAUCACUGACUACCACUCUUCAUAUUUUCAAGCAUGGUGGUGGCUGCAUCAUGUUAUGGGUGUGCUUGUCAUUGGCAAGGAUUAGAGAGGUUUUUUUUUAUAUAAAAAGAAACGGAAUAGAGCUAAGCACAUGCAAAAUCCUAGAGGAAAACCUGGUUCAAUUUUUGAAUGUUGAAUGUUCCUGAGUGGCCUAGUUACAGUUUUGAUUUAAAUCAGCUUGAAAAUCUAUGGCAAGACUUGAAAAAGGCUGUUUAGCAAUGAUCAACAACCAACUUGACAGAGCUUGAAGAAUUUUAAAAAUAAUAAUGUACAAAUAUGGAGUGUGAAUACUUAUGUAAAUGAGAUAUGUAAUUAUUUCAUUUUCAAUUCAUUUGCAAAAAUGCAUAAAAGCAUGUUUUCACUUCGUCAUUAUGGGGUAUUACCCAAUUGUCCACUUUGAUGACGUGGUGUGCCCAAUGAGGGGAGAGUGAGCACUCAUGUCUGGCAUACACACACACACACAACACACAUUCUCCAGUUUACCCACAAUUUGACACCUGCCGUCUUGAGUGUGUAUGUGGGUGUCACCACUCACGGCCGCCUAUAGCCUUUUGGUGGCCCUGAGCGAGAUUUGGAUGGGGGACCCUCCACCUUGAAGCAAAACAUUUUAGUUGCCCCCCUCUUGACGGUGGAGAGAACAUUUUUAGUUUUAAAGUCCAUUUCAUGCAAUUCCACACAUUUUGCCAUUGGGUGUAGAGAAACGUUGCAGGUUUUAAAGCAAGAUUUCUACAAUUCUACACAUUUUGUAUUUACUUAUGCCAUGUUAUUAUGAUAUCUGAGUAAGAGUGAAAGUAACAAAAUCAAUGGGGGCCUCCUGGAGGUCAGGGCCCCUGUGCACGUGCCCGGUCGGUAUUCAGCCAUGAUUACCACAAGUUUAGAUAGCUGGCUAGACUAACUACCAAGCCCCCCAAAAAGUGUAUUCAUGAAUUUUUACAAUAUAGUUCAGAUGUGCAGCAGAAUUUAUUAUCCCAUCAAGGUAUGCCACGGUUUAAAAAAGUUUAAGAACAACUGGACUUUACUACUCCCCCUCUCACUACUCCAUGUGGUUGUUGUCAUCCGAUCAAGAUGAUCCGAUCACUACCUGAUUGAGAUUUGUUAUGUCUACACAUGGUAAUAAAAUGUCUCUCUUAUCUGCCCAGAUCCCCUGGUCCCUCCUUGUAUGCAAAUAAAUCCAUCCUGCCAUGGACCUCCCGUUAUGAUACAAGAUGUAUAAAUCGACAGAAAACAGCACGCUUUUAUAGUCAAUAAUUUUAUACUUUCAUCAUUAAAGCCUGCUUUUAUUAUCUAACGAUUUAAGACUAGGCAUAAUAGGCUACUGUCCCGAUAAUCUCGACCUGAGUGUCCACAGCCAUACAAAUAAAUAUUCAGAGAAUCGCCAAAACAUGCGUUCUGUUUGCAAUAAGACACUAAGUAAAACUGCAAAAAAAUGUGGCAAAGAAAGGAACUUUAUGUUCUGAAUAAAAAGCAUUAUGUUUGAGGCAAAUCUAAAACAAGACAUCAUUCAGCACCACUCUUCAUAUUUUCAAGCAUGGUGGUGGCUGCAUCAUGUUAUGGGUAUGCUUGUCAUAGGCAAGGACUAGGGAGUUUUUUAGGAUACAAAGAAACUGCAAAAUCCUAGAGGAAAACCUGGUUCAGUCUGCAUUCCAACAGACACUGGGAGAUGAAUUCAACUUCCAGCAGGACAAUAACUUAAAACACAAUGCCAAAUAUACACUGGAGUUGCUUACCAAGAUGACAUUGAAUGUUCCUGAUUGGCCUAGUUACAGUUUUGACUUAAAUCCGCUUGAAAAUCUAUGGCAAGACUUAUAAAUGUCUGUCUAGUAAUGAUCAACAACCAACUUGACAGAGCUUGAAGAAUUUAAAAAAAUAUUGUACAAUCCAGGUGUUUAACAUGUAUUGACUCAGCUGUGUAAAUGAGAUAUUUCUGUAUUUCAUUUUCAAUAAAUUAGCUAACAUUUCUAGAAACAUGUUUUCACCUUGACAUUAUGGGGUACUGUGUGUUGGAAGAAAAUCGGUUUCAUCAAUUUUGAAUUCAGGCUGUAACACCACGUAGUUAUAUCUUUAUAUUUAUAUGUCCAUUUUUCAGGGAACUUGUGUGUAGAAGUGGGAGUCUGUAUCUGUGUAUGUUGGUGUUGGAGAGAAAUUGAACUAUAUCCCCAGGUUUCACUCCUCUAAUCCUGGCUGCUACAGCUGGUCAUGUUGGAGUGGUGGAGAUCCUGUUGGAUAAAGGAGGGGACAUCGAAGCCCAGUUUGAGAGAACCCAGUCUGAGAGAACCAGAAACACACUUCUCUACCUGGCCUGCUCUAUAGGAAGAUAAGAGGUGACUUGUUACUUUUUUUGGUAAAACACAGGGGUAUGUCCUUAGAGGAAAUUCCCCAAAGGUGUUUUGUGGAUCGACUCACCAGUGGUCCAUUCCUUCCAGGCGGUAAAGCUGUUGCUGCUGUGCGGGGCUAACAAGGAGCACAGUAAUGUUUCACACUACACACCUCUUAGCCUGGCCGCCUCAGGGGGCUACAUCAACAUCCUCCAAAACGCUGGUGCUGAAAUAAACUCCAGGUAUGACAGUUUAUCAAACCCUGAAACCCACGACCAUCCCUGUCAGUCACAAGGAUUUGUCCCACUCUUAACUGUGUGUAUAAUCACCCCUGUCCACGUUUCUCUCUCUCUUCCCGUCUGUUCCUCUCUCACUGUGUGUUUGUUUCCUUUCAGGACUAGAAGUACACUGGGUAUCUCUCCUCUGAUGCUGGCUGACAUGAACAAUCAAAUAGCUGCGGUCCAGCUGCUGCUGAACAUGGUCUCGGACAUCAUCACUCAGAUCGAGACCAACCGCAACACUGGCACUGAACCUGGCCUGCCAACGUGGAGUACUGCGCCAAGGUGAGAGCAGCCGCCAUCAGCUGAACCUGAUAUGUCAUGUUAUCUGGGCCAGAGUCAAAGACAUUCGGAAUGAGGUUUGGUGUCAGACAGUGCUUAAUUUGUAAAUCGGGAGGUGCCUGUACAAAAAGUGAACGCGAGAGGAGGGUGACCUGGGGCGCUCUGAGGUACUGAAAAAAAACAAAAAUCCUUUAUAAUAAAGCAUUGCAUGCAUAUCAUUACAUUUGCGUAAUGGCAUAGAGCAGUAGAGUAGAGGCACUUACAGAAGUUGCACACAUGGGCAAAAUGUUUUGUGGCCUUAUGGUCCGGGAAAUGUUUGGCCUUUUAUAAACGCAUUCCAUGCAAUUCUACGUCAUUUUACAUGACUGGAGACUUUAGCAUAAUGUUUUUUUAAUGCCGCGUUCAAAACAACUGGGAACUCGGAGCUGGAAAAUCUCCAACUUCCGACUUCAGUGUGUUCAAGACAACUGGCAAAUCGGGGAAAAAACUUUGUUUUUGAACGGUUAUCCAACUCGGAAUUCCAGUGGGGAACUCUGGGCCUCUUUCUAGAGCUCCGACUAUCCGAGCUUUAGGAAAUUAUAGUCCUAAAAAUGCUUUCCAGUUUCACUGACACACCGCUGAUGCGCAGCUCAGUAGCGUGUAUUCAUGGCUGCCAACGGACUUCCCCAUUUUGUUUUUACAAAAAGGGGACAAAAAAAAUCAUAAAAUAAUGUAUCUUUUGUCUGUCUGUGUUUCAUAAUUUUCCUUUAUUUUCACAAGAGGCUGAAUGUAUUUCACAGGAGAAAGCAUCCGAGCGAGCGAAACAACGCCCCUCUGUCUCUCUACGUGUAGGCCAUCUAUCUGAUACUGUCUGGUCCAAACGAGUAUGACAUUGUUGCCACCUGUAGCAUUGAAUGCAAGGUAGCAUUGAAUGCCAGCGAGCAUUUGGCCUCCCUUGAAAAAAUAAUUAAAAUUAUAAAAAAUUAGCCAAUCAGCAUUGAGCUAAACUGAGCGAGCUCAACUGUAAAUGGUCCUGGCAAAAAAAAUAAAGUGUCAAGGGAAGCCAGCUUGGAUUUGGCAUCUCCACUAUCAAAUCGCUUUGAGAGCAUACGUCAUUAACAGAAACAACUUGGAAUUGUUGCAUCUCGUUGUGUUGUUGUCCUCCGGUGGCCAGCCUAGCUAGCUAGCUAAAAGUGGCCCUUUCCUAAAUUGGCUAUGGAUGGAGAUAGGGAUUUGGACUUGUAUUUUUACUUAAUUCUCCGUACUGGCCAAUGAUUAUAAUGUUGAUUCUGAUCCAACCAUUCAUUCAUACCAUUGUUGUGCCCCUGGCCUGAAAAGGAUGGAAGUUCAAUAUGUGUACAGUAGCUACAGUUGAAGUCGGAAGUUUACAUACACUUAGGUUGGAGUCGUUAAAACUUGUUUUUCAACCACUCCACACAUUUCUUGUUAACAAACUAUAGUUUUGGCAAGUCAGUUAGGACAUCUACUUUGUGCAUGACACAAGUAAUUUUUCCAACAAAUGUUUACAGACAGAUUAUUUCACUUAUAAAUCAUUGUAUCACAAUUUCAGUGGGUCAGAAGUUUACAUACACUAAGUUGACUGUGCCUUUAAACAGCUUGGAAAAUUCCAGAAAAUGAUGUCAUGGCUUUAGAAGCUUCUGAUAGGCUAAUUGACAUCAUUUGAGUUAAUUGUUGGUGUACCUGUGGAGGUAUUUCAAGGCCUACCUUCAAACUCGUGCCUCUUUGCUUGACAUCAUGGGAAAAUCAAAAUAAAUCAACCAAGACCUCAGAAAAAAAUUGUAGACCUCCACAAGUCUGGUUCAUCCUUGGGAGCAAUUUCCAAACGCCUGAAGGUACCACGUUCAUCUGUACAAACAAUAGUACGCAAGUAUAAAUACCAUGGGAUCACGCAGCUGUCAUACCGCUCAGGAAGGAGACACAUUCUGUCUCCUAGAGAUGAACGUACUUUGGUGCGAAAAGUGCAAAUCAAUCCCAGAAGUCCUAUGUCGACAUAACCUGAAAGGCCGCUCAGCAAGGAAGAAGCCACUGCUCCAAAACCACCAUAAAAAAGCCAGACUACAGUUUUCAACUGCACAUGGGGACAAAGAUCGUACUUUUUGGUCUGAUGAACAAAAAUAGAAAUGUUUGGCCAUGAUGACCAUCAUUACGUUUGGAGGAAAAAGGGGGUUGCUUGCAAGACGAAGAACACCAUCCCAACCGUGAAGAACGGGUGUGGCAGCAUCAUGUUGUGGGGGUGCUUUGCAGCAGGAGGAACUGGUGCACUUCACAAAAUAGAUGGCAUCAUGAGGAAGGAAAAUUAUGUGGAUAUAUUGAAGCAACAUCUCAAGACAUCAGUCAGGAAGUUAAAGCUUGGUCGCAAAUGAGUCUUCCAAAUGGACAAUGACCCCAAGCAUACUUCCAAAGUUAUGGCAAAAUGGCUUAUGGACAACAAAGUCAAGGUAUUGGAGUGGCCAUCACAAAGCCCUGACCUCAAUCCUAUAGAAAAUCUGUGGGCAGAACUGAAAAAGCGUGUGCGAGCAAGGAGGCCUACAAACCUGACUCAGCUACACCAGCUCUGUCAGGAGGAAUGGGCCAAAAUUCACCCAUCUUAUUGUGGGAAGCUUGUGGAAGGCUGCCCAAAAUGUUUGACCAAAUACUAAUUAAUGCUACCAAAUACUAAUUGAGUGUAUGUAAACUUCUGACCCACUGGGAAUGUGAUGAAAGAAAUAAAAGCUGAAAUAAUAAAUCAUUCUAUCUACUAUUAUUCUGACAUUUCACAUUCUUAAAAUAAAGUGGUGAUCCUAACUGACCUAAAACAGGGAAUUUUUACUAGGAUUAAAUGUCAGGAAUUGUCAGUGUAGCUGUAGGUGGGUGUGGUGGUGGAAUCAGGCGCAGGACGCAGAACAUUAGUCCAAAAGACUUUAGUAGAUGCACAAAACACAAGCACGAAUAAACGCCCUGAGGCGAGAACUCCGCACGCAGGCGAAAACAAAUGGGCGCACUAAACAGGUGCGACAAAACACUCCAAACACUAUGGAGAACAGCUCAACUGAGCAAACAGUAGAAGUACUAGCCAACCGCACGACAGUAAAACAAACACACACAACACUUGACAAACACAACGAGAACUUAUAGGACACUAAUGACACUAAACGAUAACAGGUGUAACAACAAUCAGACAAAAGCAAACGAACAUAGAAACAUGCAACGGUGGCAGCUAGUAUUCCGGAGACGACGAACGCCGAAGCCUGCCCGAGCAAGGAAGAGAGGCAGCCUCGGCCGAAACUGUGACAGUACCCCCCCCCCCCUUGACGCGCGGCUCCAGACGUGCGCCGACUCCGGCCUCGGGGACGACCAGGAGGACGCGGAGCAGGGUGCGUCGGGUGCCCACGAUGGAAUUCCGUCAGGAGAGACGGGUCCAAAAUGUCUCUCCUCGGCACCCAGCACCGUUCCUCCGGGCCGUACCCCUCCCACUCCACUAGAUAUUGGAGACCCCCCAUCCGACGUCUCGAAUCCAAGAUGGACCGCACGGAGUACGCCGGUGCCCCCUCGAUGUCCAAUGGGGGCGGAGGAGUCUCCCUGAUCUCACUUUCUUGGAGUGGGCCAGCUACCACCGGCCUGAGAAGAGACACAUGGAACGAGGGGUUAAUACUUUUAUACUCAACAGGUAGUUGUAAUUUGUAACACACCUCGUUCAAUCUUCUCAGGACUUUAAAUGGCCCUACAAAACCGCCGACCCAGUUUCCGACAGGGCAGGCGGAAGGGCAGGUUUCUGGUAGAGAGCCAGACUCGAUCACCAGGUGCGUACACCGGUCCCCUCACUGCGGUGGAGAUCGGCGCUCGCCUUUUGACGACGGAGGGCCCGCUGCAGGUGGACGUGUGCAGCGUUCCAUGUCUCCUCCGAGCGCCGCACCCACUCAUCCACCGCAGGAGCCUCGAUCUGGCUCUGCUGCCAAGGUGCCAGAACCGGCUGGUAACCUAACACACAUUGGAAAGGGGUUAGGUUAGUGGAGGAAUGGCGUUGGGAAUUCUGGGCCAUUUCGGCCCAGGGAACGUACCUUGCCCACUCCUCCGGCCGGUCCUGGCAGUAUGUUCUAAGAAACCUACCCACAUCCUGGUUCACACGUUCCACCUGCCCAUUACUAUCCGGGUGGUAACCCGAGGUGAGGCUCACCGAGACCCCCAACCGCUCCAUAAAAGCUCUCCAGACUCUGGAGGUAAAUUGGGGACCUCGAUCAGACACAAUAUCCUCGGGUACCCCGUAGUUGCCGGAACACAUGGGUGAAUAGCGCUUCGGCGGUUUGCAGGGCAGUAGGAAGGCCCGGCAUAGGGAGCAAACGACAGGCCUUAGAAAACCGGUCCACAACGACCAGUAUAGUGGUAUUCCCCUGUGAAGGAGGAAGGUCAGUGAGGAAAUCCACCGAGAGGUGAGACCAUGGUCGUUGUGGAACGGGCAGGGGUAGUAACUUACCCCUAGGCAGAUGUCUAGGCGCCUUACACUGGGCGCACACCGAGCAGGAGGAAACAUAAACCCUCACAUCCCUCGCCAACGUGGGCCACCAGUACUUGGCACUAAGACAGUGCACUGUCCGGCCGAUACCAGGGUGUCCAGAGGAGGGUGACGUGUGAGCCCAAUAGAUCAAUCGAUCCCGAACCUCGAGCGGAACGUACUUCCGACCCUCCGGGCAAUGAGGUGGACUAGGGUCGGUGCGUAACGCCCCGCUCGAGUUCAGCAUCGACCUCCCACACUACCGGUGCCACCAGACAAGACUCCGGCAGUAUGGGAGUGGGCUCCACGGACCUCUCCUCCGCGUCAUACCGCCGAGACAGUGCGUCUGCCUUACCGUUCUGUGACCCAGGGAUGUACGUGAUCUUAAAUAUGAACCGGGUCAAAAACAUAUUCCACCUCGCCUGGCAAGGGUUCAGUCUCCUCGCUGCCCGGAUGUACUCCAGGUUACGGUGGUCCGUCAAAAUGAGGAAAGGGUGUUGAGCCCCCUCAAGCCAGUGCCUCCACACCUUUAGGGCCUGUACCACGGCUAACAGCUCCCUGUCCCCUACGUCAUAAUUUCGCUCCGCCGGACUGAGCUUCUUGGAAUAAAAAGCACAGGGGCGGAGUUUAGGUGGCGCGCCGGACCGUUGCGAAAUCACGGCUCCUAUACCGGCCUCUGACGCGUCCACCUCUACCUGAAAUGGUAAAGAGGGAUCCGGAUGCGCCAGCACCGGGCCCGAGGUAAACAGGUCCUUCAGCCUCCCAAACGUCCUGUCCGCCUCGGCUGACCACUGCAGACGCACCGGACCCCCCUUCAAAAGAGACGUUAUGGGAGCUGCCACCUGUCCAAAACCCCGGAUAAACCUCCGGUAGUAAUUCGCAAACCCCAAAAACUGCUGCACCUCCUUCACAGUGGUUGGCGUUUGCCAAUUACGCACGGCUGACACCCGGUCUACCUCCAUCUUCACCCCUGACGCAGACAACUGAUAACCCAAAAAGGAGACCGACUCCUGGAAAAACAGACACUUCUCUGCCUUGACAUACAGGUCGUGCUCCAACAGCCUCCGCAACACUCGGUGCACCAGGGCCACAUGCUCGACUCGGGUAGGCGAGUACACGAGAAUGUCAUCUAUGUACACGACCACCCCCUGCCCCUGCAUGUCCCUGAAGAUCUCAUCCACGAAUGAUUGGAAAACUGAAGGAGCGUUCAUCAACCCGUAUGGCAUGACAAGAUACUCGUAAUGGCCCGAGGUGGUACUAAAGGCUGUCUUCCAUUCAUCGCCCCCCCCCUAAUGCGCACCAAGUUGUACGCGCUCCUGAGAUCUAAUUUAGUGAAGAAACGCGCCCCGUGCAAUGACUCCGUUAUGGUCGCAAUCAGCGGGAGUGGAUAACUGUACUUCACCGUGAUCUGAUUGAGACCACGGUAAUCAAUGCACGGGCGUAACCCACCAUCCUUUUUCUUCACAAAAAAGAAACUCGAGGACGCAGGGGAAGUGGAGGGCCGUAUGUAUCCUUGUCUCAGAGAUUCGUCUAUGUAAGUCUCCAUAGCUCUCUUCUCCUCCUGAGACAGAGGAUACACAUGGCUCCGUGGGAGCGCAGCUCCUGCCUGGAGGUCUAUCGCACAAUCUCCCUGCCUAUGGGGAGGCAACUGCGUCGCCCUCGACUUACUGAACACAAUAGCCAAAUCCCCAUACUCAGGGGGAACGUGCAAUGCGGGCACCUGGUUUGGACUCUCCACCGAGGUAGCCCCUACGGAAACGCCUAAACAUCGACCCACACACUGGGCAGACCACUCCAUCAGAGCCCUCUCCUGCCACGAAAUAGACGGGUUAUGGGUACUCAACCAGGGCAUGCCCAGCACCACCGGAUACGCAGGCGAGUCGAUCAGAAAUAGCUGGAUCAUCUCCUGAUGACCGCCCUGCGUACACAUCCUAAGUGGCGCCGUGACCUCCCUGAUCAAGCCCGCACCCAACGGACGGCUAUCUAGGGCAUGAACGGGGAAGGGGACGUCAACAGGGAGAAGGGGAAUCCCUAAGGCUAAACAAAAUCUCUUAUCAACAAAAUUCCCAGCCGCGCCUGAAUCUACCAGCGCCUUAUGCUGGGAAUGAGGUGCGACCUGUGGAAAACGCACAGGUAUACAGAAGUGUGCAACAGAGAGCUCUGGGUGAGUGGGGGCGCCUACUCACCUGGAAGGGCUCCCCAGUGCGGGGCCUGUCGUCUUCUCCCCGAUGAGGCCAUCCCCAGCACCUAGCCGUGGUGUGUCCUCCCCGACCACAGUUGGUGCAGGAGAUGGACCCCCUCGUACUCCGACCCCUCCUCUCUCUAGCGCCAGCGCCCCCGAGCUCCAUGGGGCACGGCUCGGAGGCGCUGGAGGAUGAAAUGGACGGACCCCCCUCGGGACAUCCGCGGGUAGCUAGCAGGGUAUCCAGCCUGAUGGACAUGUCGACUAACUGGUCGAACGAGAGGCUGGUGUCCCGACAGGCCAGCUCCCUACGGACGUCCUCACGUAGACUACAGCGGUAGUCAUCAAUGAGGGCCCGCUCAUUCCACCCUGCAUCCGCCGCUAGAGUCCGGAAUUCCAACGCAAACUCCUGGGCACUCCUCCUCCCCUGCCGGAGGCAGAACAGACGCUCCCCCCGCCGCUUUCCCCUCCGGGGGAUGGUCAAACACCGCCCUGAAGCGGCGGGAGAACUCGGCGUACGUGAUGGUAGUAGCGUCUAUUCUCCUCCACUCAGCGUUGGCCCACUCUAACGCUUUGCCGGAAAGGCAGGAGAUCAGGGCGGACACGCUCUCGUGUCCCGAGGGCGCCGGGUGCACGGUGGCCAGGUAAAGCUCCACCUGAAGAAGGAAGCCCUGACACCCGGCAGCGGUCCCAUCAUAGGCCCUCGGGAGCGAGAGUUGAACUCCUCUGGGUUCCGGAGCGGGAAGGGGAUGACUUGCCGAUGGUGGGGGCAGGGAAGAUGGCGUUGGGGGUGUCCCUCGGGUCUCCCAGCGUUGGAGGGUGGUGAUCACCUCCUGCAGGGCGGACCCCAUCCACAGGAUCUGGUCAUUCUGCUCCCGGACUCUGUCCUCCAACGUCUCCUGUGCGGCUGCGGCUCCUGCUGAUUCCAUUCGAGCGGGUGUGUGUUUCUGUCAGUGUAGCUGUAGGUGGGUGUGGUGGUGGAAUCAGGCGCAGGACGCAGAACGUUAGUCCAAAAGACUUUAGUAGAUGCACAAAACACAAGCACGAAUAAACGCCCUGAGGCGAGAACUCCGCACGCAGGCGAAAACAAACGGGCGCACUAAACAGGUGCGACAAAACACUCCAAACACUAUGGAGAACAGCUCAACCGAGCAAACAGUAGAAGUACUAGCCAACCGCACGACAGUAAAACAAACACACACAACACUUGACAAACACAACGAGAACUUAUAGGACACUAAUGACACUAAAUGAUAACAGGUGUAACAACAAUCAGACAAAAGCAAACGAACAUAGAAACAUGCAACGGUGGCAGCUAGUAUUCCGGAGACGACGAACGCCGAAGCCUGCCCGAGCAAGGAAGAGAGGCAGCCUCGGCCGAAACCGUGACAGGAAUUAUGAAAAACUGAGUUUAAAUGUAUUUGGCUAAGGUGUAUGUAAACUUCCGACUUCAACUGUAAGGCUAAUGUUAACUUGCUAACGUUGCCCAUGAAUGGAAGUUAGGUUAGCGAGCAAACAUUUUAGCCAGGUAGCCUGUUGCAGGGGAAUUAACGAAGAGGCAACUCGAAUGAGCUUUUACAAUUAUUUUUCAGGCCACGAGAGGAACCAGAUCCGGCAAAAUAGGUUCCGGAACGAAACUGUCCAAAACAGAGAGCUGGCUCAAAUUAAGCACUGGUGUCAGACAGUGUGGUGUCUGUGUGGUGCAGUAUGUCACUGACCCAUACGUUCUCGCUCAGACUGGUCUGACUCCUCUCAUGGAGGCUGAGGUGGGGCACGUGUCUCCCGAGACACAUGCUCACCCUCGCUGCAGACAAGGGCCACUACUGUGAGCUCCUCAUCAACAGGUAAUUACUGCUACAAUCAACUUACAGUAUGAGAGUGAGAAUGCCAUUGCAGUCAGAAUAUCAUUCCUCUCCAGUCUCACUGCCCAGACCUGCGACUCCUCACUGAGUGAGUUAUUACAAUGUUACAGCCAGCAGUAUGUGUAGUUAGACAGUUGCGUCUAGCUAAAGUCCAAAUAAUUCACGUCUUCUCUCUCUCUUUUAGUCCCGUCGAUCUCAGAGCUGUGACCAACCCUCAUCUCCCGGGCCUAGUCCUACGACUCCUCUCUGAGUGAAUGUGUGUGCUGUUGUGGAUGGGACUCUGAUACCUACUCACUACCCUGUGAUUUGUUGCUUGAAUGGCUUUGAUCUGAGACUGUAGUUUAUAUAUAUUUUUUUGUGUGUGUAUUUGUAUAAGGGGACAAUGCUGUUGUGUAUGUGUGGCACAGGCCUCCCUACUCUCUAUAUUGAAUUUUGUUGUAUCAAUUGUAAUAAUAUUUUUCCAGUUUUUUCUAGUUUUUUUAAUCAAAAACAAUUCUGAGCAAGGAGUAAAUGUCUACUUGUUCAUUGUUUAAGGUUGUUAUUUACAGCUAUUUGUGGUUUUAUAUAGUAUAAUGCAACUGAAUUGAAAACUAUCAGGGGGGUGGCUAGGUAAUAUGAAUAUGAAUUUGAAUCGAGCAACUGCUGGGGGGAUUCUGGCAAGACACUGGCAGUGUCGGCUUAGUUCUGGCAGACGGGAUGGGCCGAUUCUGGGCAGUCAUUCAAUAUGACAUUGAACUGAGCCUGGCACCCGGAUUCAGGUUGAUUAAAUCAGUUCUGGCGCACCAGAAUAGGGUCAAGAUUGGGCUGAGUCCUCAUUGCUAGCUGGGGUGUAAUUUACUGUAGAUGAAACAGUCACAUUAGCCUACAGGGAAUAAAUAAAUAUUGGAUGCAGUAAUGGUUGUACUAGCUAACUCAUGUAUGACUACAACAGUGUACUAACGAGCAGCAACAAACCCAAGCCAACCCAAGGCUAUAGCAAAACAUGUCACAGUUGGUUACAUAGUGUAACGGCAUCACCGGCCUGAACCCAAUCUGGAACCAGUCAGUCUACAUCUGUAAAGCAUACAAUUAGCUUCCAAAUGAGAUUGCGUUAUUUCUCAAGCUAUGUAUAUAAUUGAGAGUUGAUGACAAUUGUUGAGCCUGUUUUUCUGUUAGACAAAGUGCACAGUUGUGUCCCAGACUGAUCUACUGGUCAUGCCGGGACCUACAAGAAGGAGCAAAGGUGCGUAUCAUAACAUGUCCAGCAAUGUGAUUGCAAUGGCUUAGGGACCUCCAAAAAUCAUUUAAUUCACUGUUCACUUGCUAUUUUCACAGCUUGUCAGGUAAGAGCUCAGACUAAAAGUGUGUCAUGUGACACAAGUACCUUUGUAGACUCCUCUGUUGUUGCCAGAGUCUCCCUCAACUCCUAUGAAAAGCACACGCCAUCAUGAGGCCUCUGAUAGUGACCCGAGUUACUGCCCUGAUGACACAGACGGCUUCAUCAACAACGACAGGUAAUGUGUGUUAUGUGAAAAGUUGUAUUCAAAAAUACCCAGCUUGAUAAACUAGUAGGCUAAUUCCCCAGCCAAGCAGAUACAGCUAGUAAGUGCAUUAGCAAAAAGCUUUGUCCUUUCUUUAGAACAAAAAGCAAUUUACCACUUUUCUUUGCAAAUGUAUUACAAAUAAAAAACUGAAAUAAAACAUUUACAUAAGUAUUCAGACCAUUUACUCAGUACAAUGUUGAAGCACCUUUGGCAGCAAUUACAGCCUCGAAUAUUAUUGGGUAUGACGCUAAAAGCUUGGCACACCUGUAUUUGGGGAGUUUCUUCCAUUCUUCUCUGCAGAUCCUCUCAAGCUCUGUCAGGUUGGAUGGGGAGCGUCACUGCACAGCUAUUUUCAGGUCUCUCCAGAGAUGUUUGAUCAGGUUCAAGUCCGGGCACUGGCUGGGCCACUCAAAGACAUUCAGAGACUUGUCCCGAAGCCACUCCUGCAUUGUCCUGGCUGUGUGCUUAGGGUCAUUGUCCUGUUGGAAGGUAAACCUUUGUUUUCAUCAAGGAUCUCUCUGUACUUUGCUCCGUUCAUCUUUCCCUCGAUCCUGACUAGUCUCCCAGUCCCUGCAGCUGAAAAACAUCCCCACAGCAUGAUGCUGCCACCACCAUGCUAAACCGUAGGGAUGGUGCCAGGUUUCCAGACGUGGUGCUUGGCAUUCAGGCUAAAGAGUUCAAUCUUGGUUUCAUCAGACCAGAGAAUCUUGUUUCUUAUUGGUCUGAGAUUCUUUUGAUGCCUUUUGGCAAACUCCAAGUGGGCUGUCAUGUGCCUUUUACUGAGGAGUGGCUUCCGUCUGGCCACUCUACCAUAAAGGCCUGAUUGGUGGAGUGCUGCAGAGAUGGUUGUCCUUCUGGAAGGUUCUCCCAUCUCCACAGAGGAACUCUGGAGCUCUGUCAGAGUGACCAUCGGGUUCUUGGUCACCUCCCUGACCAAGGCCCUUCUCCCCCAAUUGCUCAGUUUGACCGGGCGGCCAAGAGUCUUGAUGGUUCCAAACUUCUUCCAUUUAAGAAUGACGGAGGCCACUGUGUUCUUGGGGACCUUCAAUGCUGCAGACAUUUUUUGGUACCCUUCUCCAGAUCUGUGCCUCGACACAAUCCUGUCUCGGAGCUCUACGGAUAAUUCGUUCAACCUCAUGGUUUUUGCUCUGACAUGCACUGUCAAUUGUGGGACAUUAUAUAGAAAGGUGUGUCUUUCCAAAUCAUGUCCAAAAAUUUGAAUUUACCACAGGUGGACUCCAAUCAAGUUGUAGAAACAUCUCAAGGAUGAUCAAAGGAAACAGGAUGCACCUGAGCUAAUUUUCGAGUUUCAUAGCAAAGGGUCUGAAUACUUAUGUAAAUAAGGUAUUUCUGUUUUUUUAUUUAAUAAAUGUGCUAACAUUUCUAAAAACCUGUUUUCGCUUUGUCAUUAUGGGGUAUUGUCUGUAGCUUGAUGAGGAUUUUUAUUUUAUUUAAUUCAUUUUAGAAUAAUGCUGUAACGUUACAAAAUGUGUAAAAAGUGAAGCGGUCUGAAUAUUUCCUAAUGCACUGUACAUUUACAUUUGAGUCAUUUAGCAGACGCUCUUAUCCAGAGCGACUUACAGGAGCCAUUAGGAUUAAGUGUCAUGCUCAUGGGCACAUCGACAGAUUUUUCACCUAGUCGGCUGAAAAAUCUUAACUGCUAGGCUACCUGCCAUCAUAAGAUUGCCUGCUGCAGUUGUUCGAGAUGUCCAGUUUGCAGCCGAACAUGCAGCAUAGAGAAGACCAGCAAGGGGGCCCUAAUCUGCAUCAUGCAGACAUGCCCUUGCUGUGAGCAUUCCUAUGACUGGAACAGUCAGCCACAUGUUGGCAAGUAUCUGAAGUGAAAUAGAAUGGUGAACACAGUGAUCAGGUUGGUUCCACCAGGCUAAUUAUAACCACCAUUGAUAAUAUAAUCAGUGCUCUCUCUCUCUCUCUCUCUGUGUGUGUGUGUUUGUGUGUGACCGACCACUAUCUUUGAUGAGGACCCAGGAGCUGAUCUUUACUGCUAUGGGGCUCUGGCAAAGACCUCACCUCCAGCCUCACCUCUUGCCGGCUCACCAACGGUUGUCGAUUGGGAGAACAGAAUUAGGUUGGUGACUUGUUCAAAUUUCAACAUAGUAUCUGUUUGUGUGUUAUAGAUCACCUAUUCUAACUGCCAUUGGUAAUAGAACAGUGGCUAUGUGUGGACAGUGCCUUUAGAAAGUAUUCAUACCCCUUGAUUUAUUCCACAUUUUGUUGUGUUACAGCCUGAAUUAAUCAUUAAUUAAAUAGAUUUGUAAAAAUAUGUUUUUAGAAAUCUUUGCAAAUCUAUUGAAACUGAAAUACAGACAAAUCUAAUUUACAUAAGUAUUCACACCUCUGAGUCAAUACUUUAUACAAGCAACUUUGGCAUGAUUACAGCUGUGAGUCUUUCUGGGUAAGUCCCUAAGAGCUUUCCACACCAGGGUUGUGCAUCCUUUGCCCAUUAUUCUUUUCAAAAUUCUUCAAGCUCUGUCAAAUUGGUUGUUGAUCAGUGCUAAACAACCAUUUUCAGGUCUUGCCUUAGAUUUCCAAGUAGAUUUAAGUCAAAACUGUAGCUCGGCCAAUCAAGAAUAUUCACUGUCUUCUUGGUAAGCAACUCCAGUGUUGAUUUGGCCAUGUGUUUUAGGUUAUUGUCCUUGUACAAAACCCCUCCCACUCCCGACCUACCUGGAGGGGAGCCCUCGCCUCAUUGGUCGCCACACACCUCCAUCAAAGCUCGUUAAGAACAAUCAUGUCCAUCUGAACGAGGUGAGGCUACCCCUUUAAAUGCCCCACCUGCAGUCAUUUAGUCCUCUUUCAACCAAACUAGCACAGACCACUACAGGAACAUUAUUGACUGUGAAUAUUGCAUGAGUGUGGUGGCCAAGGUAUUUAGUUCGUAUUGUUAUGUAGAUAUAUAUUGUUUGAUUGUUGUGCAUAUACAGUGGGGAAAAAAAGUAUUUAGUCAGCCACCAAUUGUGCAAGUUAUCCCACUUAAAAAGAUGAGAGAGGCCUGUAAUUUUCAUCAUAGGUACACGUCAACUAUGACAGACAAAUUUAGAAUAUUUUUUCCAGAAAAUCACAUUGUAGGAUUUUUUAUGAAUUUAUUUGCAAAUUAUGGUGGAAAAUAAGUAUUUGGUCACCUACAAACAAGCAAGAUUUCUGGCUCUCACAGACCUGUAACUUCUUCUUUAAGAGGCUCCUCUGUCCUCCACUCGUUACCUGUAUUAGCACCUGUUUGAACGUGUUAUCAGUAUAAAAGACACCUGUCCACAACCUCAAACAGUCACACUCCAAACUCCACUAUGGCCAAGACCAAAGAGCUGUCAAAGGACACCAGAAACAAAAUUGUAGACCUGCACCAGGCUGGGAAGACUGAAUCUGCAAUAGGUAAGCAGCUUGGUUUGAAGAAAUCAACUGUGGGAGCAAUUAUUAGGAAAUGGAAGACAUACAAGACCACUGAUAAUCUCCAUCGAUCUGGGGCUCCACUCAAGAUCUCAACCCGUGGGGUCAAAAUGAUCACAAGAACGGUGAGCAAAAAUCCCAGAACCACACGGGGGGACCUAGUGAUUGACCUGCAGAGAGCUGGGACCAAAGUAACAAAGCCUACCAUCAGUAACACACUACGCCGCCAGGGACUCAAAUCCUGCAGUGCCAGAUGUGUCCCCCUGCUUAAGCCAGUACAUGUCCCGUCUGAAGUUUGCUAGAGUGCAUUUGGAUGAUCCAGAAGAGGAUUGGGAGAAUGUCAUAUGGUCAGAUGAAACCAAAAUAUAACUUUUUGGUAAAAACUCAACUUGUCGUGUUUGGAGGACAAAUAAUGCUGAGUUGCAUCCAAAGAACACCAUACCUACUGUGAAGCAUGGGGGUGGAAACAUCAUGCUUUGGGGCUGUUUUUCUGCAAAGGGAUCAGGACGACUGAUCCGUGUAAAGGAAAGAAUGAAUGGGGCCAUGUAUCAUGAGAUUUUGAGUAAAAACCUCCUUUCAUCAGCAAGGGUAUUGAAGAUGAAACGUGGCUGGGUCUUUCAGCAUGACAAUGACCCCAAACACACUGCCCGGGCAACGAAGGAGUGGCUUCGUAAGAAGCAUUUCAAGGUCCUGGAGUGGCCUAGCCAGUCUCCAGAUCUCAACCCUAUAGAAAAUCUUUGGAGGGAGUUGAAAGUCUGUGUUGCCCAGCGACAGCCCCAAAACAUCACUGCUCUAGAGGAGUUCUGCAUGGAGGAAUGGGCCAAAAUACCAGCAACAGCGUGUGAAAACCUUGUGAAGACUUACAGAAAACGUUUGACCUGUGUCAUUGCCAACAAAGGGUAUAUAGCAAAGUAUUGAGAAACUUUUGUUAUUGACCAAAUACUUAUUUUCCACCAUAAUUUGAAAAUAAAUUCAUUAAAAAUCCUACAAUGUGAUUUUCUGGAAAAAAAAUUCUCAAUUUGUCUGUCAUAGUUGACGUGUACCUAUGAUGAAAAUUACAGGCCUCUCUCAUCUUUUUAAGUGGGAGAACUUGCACAAUUGGUGGUUGACUAAAUACUUUUUUCCCCCACUGUAAGUGCACUUCCCUUAUUUGCCAAUUGUGUAACACUGUAGUGUUUGGAGUAUUUAUUUUCGGUGUGCCAUUUUUUUAUUUACCAUGUGCCACUGGUUUACCUUAACGUUGUGUUUCUGUCUGUACUUAGACCUUACCAUCUUUCAUCACCUGUCAGCUUUGACAUUUCUCAUAAUUUGAAGCCUACAAAAUACCAACAAACCUGUUACAAGAAAAGGUAAAUGGGCUACCCUCUCCUUGUAUUCUUGCAGAUAUACCCAUUACGUUACCUCCCACCCAGUGCUUAAUUUGUCAAUUGGGAGGUGCCGCAACAAAAUGUGAGCCCCAUAGGGGGGUGACCUGGGGGGCUCUGAGGUACCAGAACGCAUGAAAGAAAUGACUUUUUAUGAUAAAGUAUUGCAUACAUUAUUGCUUUUGCGUACCGGCAUAGAGCAGUGGAGUAGAUGCGCUUUCAGAAGUUGCAUACAUGGGGAAUAUUUUUAGUAGCCUAGGGUCCGGGAAAGAAUUGAUGUAGAAUUGCAUGAAAUGCAAUUCUACAUCAUUUGAGGUAACUGGGGACUUUAGCAGAAUCUUAAAUACCUCACAAAUGAUCAAAAUGACAGGCUAUACUUUGACACUGAGAAUCUGAGAUCAAUAAAAACGACCCUGUCUUGAAUCCAUCAAUAGCCUAGGUGUGUGGAGACAAAUAUUGUACAAUCUGAGGAGGAAAUUAUAGUCCUAAAGGCUUUCCAGUUUCACUGACUCACCCAAUGAUGCGCAGCUCACUCACCGGCGAUGGCCAACGCACUCGUGCCAAAAGUGCCAAAAGCUUAUCUCCGUCUUAUUUUACUUUGUAUAACAAUGCGGUUCGGUCUAUAGGUCUAUUUGUUAAUUGAUAACUUGGUAGCGUACAGACAGAUUAGUCUUCUCAUUUCAGCAGGAUCUGUGCUUUCCUGUGAUUGUAUUUAAAACAUCGCAAAAGGCCUGUUUUGGCUGACAGCAGUAAUUCUCUAACUUUGGCAAAUGUAUUUACAUUUAUCAGGGGUACCCGCAGCUAUAAUUCUAUAAGGAAAUACAUGAUUAAGUGCAACCCUGGAGAGAUGAGACUUGAAUGCUCAUUUCAAUCAGAGCAGGAAGAGUUCAUAGAAAGUGAAUCUCAUUCUAGUUCUUUGAGAUACAGGCGUGCUUCUCUCACCACAGCAAUGGUCACGCGUUGGUCUAUGUAGGCUGCAAUGUUGCGCAAACCAUAAACCCAGGCCAGGCCAGCCCAACACAAAUACAUUCUUAGAAUACCAGGCACUGUUUUCACAUUACGUUUUUUAGGGGGCAGCCAGGAGAAUUAAAGGAUCAACCUGCAAUAACUCUGACUGCUUUUAUUAGAGUUGUUACAUUGCAAACAGUGAAAAUAAAGUUUAAUGUCACGAGAGGUACCGGAUCCUGGCAAAUGGGUUCCUGAACGAAACAGUCCAAAACUGAGAGGUUCCCGAUCCUGUUCCGGCAGGAUCCGGCACUGCUCCCACCCAUUCUACUUCCCACACAGGGCAUCAAGGCCUCGCCCGAAACCCAGGUCCUAAAGGCCUCCACACAGGGCAUCAAGCCUCACCUGAACCCAGGCCAUCCCAGCCUCCCCAGAUGAUCGCGUAACCCUCCAGAGGCCAGUUCGCACAUCGAGUGGGGGUCCCAUGGAUCCCAUCCCAGCAGCCUACAGGCUCCACCAUUAUCCGCUACCUCACCACCUGA